AAAAUCAUCAUCUUCACGCCUCCUCACAUACGAUUUACUGAUCUUUUCUUUCUGUAAUUCCACUUUUCUUCUUAUACCCUUCCUGCCAUAAUCUUCGAUUCUACGCAUUCCCCAGCCAUUCCCUGUCAUUCAAAAUGUUUGUCUACAAGAGAGACGGACGCAAAGAACGCGUGCAGUUCGACAAGAUCACCGCUCGUGUGUCGAGGCUCUGUUAUGGACUCGACCCUGAGCAUGUCGACGCUGCUGCUAUCACCCAGAAGGUCAUCUCUGGUGUCUACCAGGGUGUCACCACCGUCGAACUCGACAACCUGGCCGCCGAGACUGCCGCGUACAUGACCGUCACACAUCCCGAUUACGCUAUCCUCGCUGCUCGUAUAGCAGUUUCCAACCUUCACAAGCAAACCAAGAAGCAGUUCUCGCUGGUCAUCUCUGACCUCUACCACUAUGUCAACCCCAAAAACAACAAUCCCGCACCCAUGAUUUCUAAGGAGACGUACGAAUUAGUCAUGAAACACGCAGAUGAACUCAACUCGGCUAUCGUUUAUGACCGUGAUUUCAACUACAACUUCUUCGGCUUCAAAACCCUUGAACGGUCAUACCUUCUGCGCAUCAAUGGAAAGGUUGCAGAGCGCCCUCAGCACUUGUUGAUGCGUGUGUCCGUCGGUAUUCACGGCAACGACAUCGAGAAGGCUAUCGAGACCUACCAUCUCAUGUCUCAGAAGUUCUUCACGCACGCUUCCCCGACUCUGUUCAAUGCUGGUACUCCUCAGCCUCAACUUGCCUCAUGCUUCCUCGUCGAUAUGAAGGAGGAUAGCAUUGAUGGCAUCUAUGACACACUCAAGACCUGCGCCAUGAUCUCCAAGACCGCUGGUGGUAUCGGUCUAAACGUUCACCGCAUUCGUGCCACCGGCUCCUAUAUUGGUGGAACCAACGGUACCUCUAAUGGUCUGGUUCCCAUGCUGCGGGUCUUCAACAACACCGCCAGAUACGUUGAUCAGGGAGGUAACAAGCGCCCUGGUGCUUUUGCUAUCUACCUGGAGCCCUGGCACUCGGAUGUCUUCGAGUUCCUGGACCUCCGCAAGAACCAUGGUAAGGAGGAAGUUAGAGCUCGUGACCUGUUCUAUGCUUUGUGGACCCCCGAUUUGUUCAUGAAGCGUGUUGAGUCCAACGGCGACUGGACUCUGUUCUGUCCUAACGAGGCUCCUGGUCUGGCCGAUGUCUACGGCGACGAGUUCGAUGCUCUUUAUGAAAAGUACGAGAAGGAAGGCCGCGGCCGCAAGACCAUCAAGGCGCAGAAGCUCUGGUAUGCUAUUCUGGAAGCUCAGACCGAGACUGGCAACCCCUUCAUGCUUUACAAGGAUGCAUGCAACAAGAAGAGCAACCAGAAGAACCUGGGAACCAUCCGCAGCUCCAACCUUUGCACCGAGAUCAUUGAAUACAGCGCUCCCGAUGAGGUUGCUGUCUGUAACCUGGCUUCUCUUGCCCUCCCUACUUUCGUUGAUGCCGCCCGCGGCGAGUACGACUUCGGCAAGCUUCAUGAAGUCGUGCAGGUCUUGGUCCGUAACUUGAACAAGAUCAUUGACAUCAACUACUACCCUGUUCCUGAGGCCAAGAAGAGCAACUUCCGCCACCGUCCCAUCGCUCUUGGUGUCAACGGUCUGGCCGAUGCUUUCCUCGCGUUGCGUCUGCCUUUUGACUCGGCUGAGGCUAGACAGCUCAACAUUCAGAUCUUUGAGACCAUCUACCACGGUGCUUUGACCGCCUCCUCUGAGUUGGCUAAGCAGCACGGUCCCUACGAGACUUACGAGGGCUCUCCCGUCUCUCAGGGUAUCCUCCAGUACGACAUGUGGGACCGCACUCCCACUGAUUUGUGGGACUGGGACGCUCUCAAGGCCAAGAUUGCGCAGACUGGUGUUCGCAACAGUUUGCUGGUUGCCCCCAUGCCUACUGCUAGCACUAGUCAGAUCCUGGGCUUCAACGAGUGCUUCGAGCCCUACACCUCGAACAUCUACUCUCGUCGUGUCCUGGCGGGUGAGUUCCAGGUGGUCAACCCUUGGUUGCUCAAGGAUUUGGUUGACCUCGGUCUGUGGUCCGACAACAUGAAGAACCGCAUCAUCGCCGACGGCGGCUCCGUCCAGAACAUCCCCAACAUUCCCGCCGAUAUCAAGGCUCUCUACAAGACUGUUUGGGAGAUCUCUCAGCGCAACAUCUUGCAGAUGGCUGCUGACCGUGGUGCCUUCAUUGACCAAUCCCAAUCCCUCAACAUCCACUUGAAGGAGCCCACCAUGGGCAAGAUCACCAGCAUGCACUUCGCUGGCUGGAAGAUGGGUCUCAAGACUGGUAUGUACUACCUGCGGACAAUGGCGGCCUCGGCCCCCAUCCAGUUCACGGUGGACCAGGAACAGCUCAAGGUUGAGGACACCAACGUUGCUCGUGCCAACUCCUCUUUCAAGAAGCGUGCCACCGGUGCUGCCUCCUCCACUUACUCUGCCGUGCCUCGCGGUCAGAGCCAGAUCAAUGGGCACAGCGAGGAUGUCAACAACGGUGCUGACAGCCCCCGUGCUCUCGCUGCCGAUGCCACUUCCCGUGGCAAUGAGGGUGACGCGGAGGGACCUCAGGAAGAGGAUUCCGAGAAGACGAGCGAGGAGCGCGAGAAUGAUAUCUACUCCCAAGCGGUGCUUCAGUGCAGCAUCGAGAACAAGGAGGCCUGCAUCAUGUGCCAGGGUUAAGGAAACAAACGAUGAAGAUUAUAAUGCGGUUGGCGUCUUGCUUUGGGAAAUUUGUGUGUAAUUAUAUUACGGGUUUGAUGGAUAUGGAUUUUCUUUUCUGAUUACCUGCUGGGCUUUCAAAUGUAUUCACGGACUUUGUGAUUUUCUUUUCUUGUUUGACAUUGACAUUGAUGGCUUAUGGCGAUGAUCUUGAUAUACAUAGAUAACAAUUUAUUUUC